AGCUCUACACUUUACCGGAAGUCAACGUGUUCAAUGGCGACCUCCGUCAACAUGCUGCUUCUCGGCAUUGUAUGUUUGGUGUUUUGCACCCUUGGCAGGGCUGCAGAUGAUGACAAAUGUUAUUCAUAUGCCGGUGGAAGUGUUUUCCCACAGGAAACAAGACGAACUUCUGGUCAUGCGAUCCAGUGGAGCCAGGCAGUCAGUAAGUUGUUGUCUGUUUGCAAGAUUUGUUUACUUUUCCAAGGACCAAAAGACCUCAUUUUAAUCAGAUUAAGGACAGUUACUUUUGUGUGCCCCACCGAGAUCAUUGCUUUCAGUGACAGGAUUGGAGAGUUUAAAAAGAUUAAUACGGAGGUCAUUGCCUGUUCUGUGGAUUCACAGUUCACACACCUGGCCUGGAUCAACACACCAAGAGCUAAGGGAGGCUUGGGACCAUUAAACAUAGCUGUCCUCUCAGACAUCACCCACGAGAUCUCCAAAGCCUAUGGGGUGUAUCUACAGGAUCUGGGACACAGUCUCAGAGGAUUAUUUAUCAUUGACCCAAAGGGAAUCUUACGUCAGAUCACCAUGAAUGACCUUCCGGUGGGGCGGUCAGUGGAUGAGACGCUACGAUUGGUUCAGGCAUUCCAGUACACAGACACUCACGGAGAAGUUUGUCCCGCAGGCUGGAAACCAGGAAGUGACACAAUUAUUCCCAAUCCAAAAGAAUCUCAGAAGUAUUUCAGCAAACAGAACAACAACUAACAACAUUACAAGCUCAGUAAUGACACUGAUUGUUACAAGCUCAGUUAUGACUCUGCUGGAGAGGGGAGCAAUGGAUUUUUUUCUUUAAAAUAUUAGGAUUUUAUUUUC